CCACAAACUGUAAGCUGUGUUUCCAAAGAGAGGCUCUACAACAGUUACUGCUCAUCAUUCAUUCUUUAUCUCAUCAAAGAGAGAGUAUUAGGAACGGGAGAGCAGCUGAGAGGCAGCUGUGAAAGGAUCAGCCAUGCUUGGAGGCAUCCACUCAUAUUUGUUGGUCGCAGUGACUUUACUCUUUUUAACGCAGACAGGGACUCAAUGCAGGGCUGAAAAUGACAUGUCAUUGGUUACUUUACCAGAUUGGAGAAAAGACUCAGAAUUUGUCACACAGUGUUUCUAUGACAAACACAACAACCUGAUUUGUGACUGGACAAGCAUCAUUCGAACAAUGGAUGAUGGUCUGCUGAAUAUUUUAGAGAGUGGUGCAUUGGACCAAGGCGAGGCCUGUCUAGAGUUCUGGUACUUGGCCCCGGUUGCAGCCAAUGGGUCUGAACUCCGAGCUCUGCUCAAAAGUAGUGCUGGUCUGGUAGAAAUCUGGACCUCACCUGCCAUGCCUGGAUCUUCUUGGAGACAAGUCUUUGUGCCUCUAAAUAUCAUCGAAUCAGGGACUCAGGUUGUACUUGAAGUAGUCCAAGCAGAGUCAAAGGAAGGACAGGUUACAUUUAACCGGAUAGGUAUAAGGAGAGGCUCAUGUGGGUAUCAGUGUGAAUCCAACACAGAGUUAUGGACAGAUGAGUCCACCCGCUGUCUCUGCUCUGCUGGCCAGCUCUACUGCUCCCCCUCUCAGUGCCCUAAGGGCCAAAUCUGUGGUCCUCAAAGAGAAAGCUCCAGGGGGAUUUUCACCUCAGGGACGUGCACUAUACACAGUGACACAGACUGCAGCACUUUUGAUGGAGUGCUGUUCCGCUUCAUGGUCCCCUGCACCUACAUACUGGCUAAGACCUGCUCACCCACUGAAACUCUGCCCAUGUUCAGUGUGGAAGUGGUCAAUGAGCAUAGCGGAAACUCAUCUUUGCCAACUGUUCAGCAGGUCAUUGUGAAAAUGGCCAAAUUCAGUGUGUACCUGCUGAAAAGGCAGACACACCGGGUUGUGGUCAAUGGGAUAUGGAAGAAGCUUCCACUGAGCCUCAGCAGUGGCACAGUCACCAUCAAGAGCAAUCCGGCUUCUGUUGUACUGGGAACCAGUUUUGGGCUUUUUGUCUCAUAUGAUAAUGCUGGUGCUGUACAUAUCACGCUGCCAUCCACUUACUCUGAUAAAAUGUGUGGCUUAUGUGGCAAUUUUAACAACAUAGGAAGAGAUGACUUCAGAAAGCCCAGUAGUACAGAUUCCAGUGACAGAAUAGAUUUGGCUGAGAGCUGGCAGGCCGAAGAGACCACCUCUUUAUGCGAAACCAUUCUGGUACCUCACCAGUGUGACCCACUGGAAGAGGCUGAGUAUGCCAGUGAGUUGCAUUGUGGAGGCCUCCUCUCUAGUACCGGAUCCUUUGCUGCCUGCUUAGCAGUUCUGGGAGCAGAAAGCUACUUCAGGAGCUGUGUGGCUGGCAUGUGCUCUACUCAUGGUGACCCAGGGGUGCUUUGUGAGACAUUACAGGUCUAUGCUGAUAUCUGCCAGGAGGCUGGAGUUACUGUACCCAUUUGGAGGAACUCCACAUUCUGCCCUGUUCAGUGUGGUGAGAACAGCCACUUUAGCUCAUGUGCAGAGGGUUGCCCAGAUGUAUGCUCCAGUCAGGAUUUAGCUGGGCCCUGCGGAAGCUGUGUGGAAAGAUGCGAGUGUGACUCUGGCUUCAAACUCAGUGGGGGGAAGUGUGUCCCAGCAGAGGACUGUGGGUGUUGGUCUAAUGGAAAACACUACGAGAAAGGAGAAACAUUCCUGGAAGGAGAGUGUAUGCAGCAGUGCCAGUGCAUGGGUAGUAAUAAUGUGCAGUGCACUACAAUGCAAUGCGCAGUCAAUGAGGUCUGUAAGGUCAAAGAUGGCGUCAAAGGCUGCUUCCCUUUCAUGCCUGCCACUUGCAGCGUAUAUGGUGAUCCACACUACAUCACCUUUGACGGGUUGGCUUAUGACUUUCAAGGCGGAUGCAGUUACACGCUGACUACCACAUGUGGAGGUGAAAGCUCAGUCCAGUUCUCUGUGACCGGACACAACAUGCACCCUCUUCUUCAGAACUUCACCAGGUCCAAGCUGGAAGCUGUGACUCUUGAAGUUGAGGAUUUGAAACUCACUCUGAAUCAGAGUGGAAGGGUGAAUCAUGGCCGUGUUCAACUCCCCUAUUCCACCAAUGGUGCUUAUGGCUCAAUAUGGGUUUACAUGAGGAACAGCUACAUUAUCUUGGACACAACCUUUGGCCUCAGAAUAAUGAUAGAUGGGCAGAACAGACUGUUCCUACAGGUGGAUGAGAGCUACAUGUAUGAACUAGGUGGACUCUGCGGCACCUACUCUAAUGAGCAGGAGGAUGACUUCCUACAAGGCCAAAAUUAUACUGACCCCUUUGAGUUUGGUGACAGCUGGAGGGUGCCAGGCAAUAAUGAGUGUAUUGUCUAUCCAAAUGAUCCCAGAGUCUGUGAUUAUGAGGGGGAGAAUGAGGCCUACAUUGCAUGUAAUGCGCUCCUGGGGGAAGCGUUCACGCCUUGCAAUGAACCCAUUCACCCUUCCACCUACAUAAAUAGUUGUGUGUAUGACUACUGUGCAACAAGUGGUGACCAACACACCUUAUGUGAAUCUCUGGAGUCCUAUGCAGCAGCAUGUGAGGUUGCAGGAGUGGAGCUGCCCAACUGGCGGAAUAACACAGUCUGUGCUGAACCCCCAACCACUGCAACUCUCCCAACAACUCCAACUCCUACCUCUCCAACAUCAGAUCAGACUUUCUGUCCCUUGAACUGCAACUUUGAAAAGAAUCUGUGUGGGUGGGAACAACUUGUACAGGACAGUUUUGAUUGGACAAGACAUUCUGGCCCCACUUCCUCAGACCUAAGUGGGCCGAACCAAGACCACACCACUGGAGUGGGCUUCUACCUGUACAUUGAGGGAAACGGUAUUACCCAUGGAGACUCAGCCCGUCUGUUGAGCCCACAGUGCUAUUAUAAUGGCCCGCUCUGCCUGCACUUCUGGUACCAUAUGUAUGGUUCAGCCACAUCCAUGGCCCUCAAUAUCUACCUGCUCAAAAACAAUAAAGCUGCCAAGCUUUGGUCCAUGAUGAAUGACCAAGGACCGGAAUGGCAUCAAGGCAAUAUAGACAUCACAGACACUGGUCCUUUCCAAAUCAUAGUAGAAGGAAUUCGAGGCUCCAACGCUCUAUCAGAUGUUGCCAUAGAUGACAUUUCCAUUAGCUCUGGCUCAUGCUCAGGUAUCUUCCCUGGGAUGGUUAGCGGAACUAAAUUGCCUCCAACUACUGCAGUUCUCCCCUCACUCCCAGUCUGCAAUCUCGACUGUAGCUUCGACAGCAACCUUUGCAGCUGGGAACAAACAAUCACAGAUGCUUUUGACUGGACAUGGCAGAGUGGUUCUACGCCCACCCUGAUGACUGGGCCCUCUGCUGACCAUACUGGUGAUGGACAUUAUCUUUACAUUGAGGCCAGCAGUGUUACACAUGGAGACACGGCUCGUCUACUGAGCUCAGAGUGUUCAAUCUCUGGUCCUCAGUGUCUGCAGUUCUGGUACCAUAUGUACGGCACAGCUGAUACAAUGGGCCUCCAUGUAUACUUGCUCCAGGACAGAAAGGCUGAUGCUGUCUGGUGGAAGAGGAAUGAUCGAGGAAAUAUGUGGCACCGGGCUCAGGUGGACCUGACAACAACUGGAUCUUUUCAGAUAAUUUUUGAGGGGCGAAGAGGUUCCAAUGAUCAGUCUGAUGUGGCUAUAGACGAUGUAUCACUUCAUCACGGGCACUGUGAAGACCUGGCUCAACGAACAACCCCUGCUACCAUAACCUCUAGUCCAGUUACGACUGAAGGUCCUGAUCCUCCUGCAGCCAACAGUUCAACAGCAAUACAACCAUUAACAUCAUCAACACCAAAUCCACAGCCACAAACAACAACUAGACCACAACCUCCGACUGAAACUCAGCCCCAGCCACAAACAACUAGACCUCAACCUCCGAUUGAAACUCAGCCCCAGCCACAAACAACAACUAGACCACAAUCUUCGACUGAAGCUCAGCCCCAUUCACAAACAACAACUAGACCUCUACCUCCAACUGAAACUCAGCCCCAGCCACAAACAACAACUAGACCACAAUCUUCGACUGAAGCUCAGCCCCAUCCACAAACAACAACUAGACCUCAACCUCCAGCUGAAACUCAGCCCCACCCACAAACAACAACUAGACCACAACCUCCGACUGAAACUCAGUCCCAGCCACAAACAACAACUAGACCUCAACCUCCAACUGAUACUCAGCCCCAGCCACAAACAACAACUAGACCACAACCUUCGACUGAAGCUCAGCCCCAUCCACAAACAACAACUAGACCUCAACCUCCAACUGAAACUCAGCCCCAGCCACAAACAACAACUAGAUCACAACCUCCGACUGAAACUCAGUCCCAGCCACAAACAACAACUAGACCACAAUCUUCGACUGAAGCUCAUCCCCAUCCACAAACAACAACUAGACCUCAACCUCCAACUGAAACUCAGCCCCAGCCACAAACAACAACUAGACCACAAUCUUCGACUGAAGCUCAUCCCCAUCCACAAACAACAACUAGACCUCAACCUCCAACUGAAACUCAGCCCCAGCCACAAACAACAACUAGACCACAACCUCCGACUGAAACUCAGCCCCAGCCACAAACAACAACUAGACCUCAACCUCCAACUGAAACUCAGCCCCAGCCACAAACAACAACUAGACCACAACCUUCGACUGAAGCUCAGCCCCAUCCACAAACAACAACUAGACCUCAACCUCCAACUGAAACUCAGCCCCACCCACAAACAACAACUAGACCACAACCUCCGACUGAAACUCAGUCCCAGCCACAAACAACCACUAGACCUCAACCUCCAACUGAAACUCAGCCCCAGCCACAAACAACAACUAGACCACAACCUCAGACUGAAACUCAGCCCCAGCCACAAACAACUAUUAAACCACAUCCACCGACAAAUAGACCUCACCCUACAACUACAACUAAACCACAAACUACAACAACAGCUAAACCACAGCCACCAUCUACACCUGUACCAACGCCCUCUUGCCCAGAGAACAGUCAUUACACCACAUGUAUCAAUGCCUGCAGUCCAACCUGUACACAUUUGCAUGGCGCACCACACUGCGCAGACAAUGAGGCUUGUGUGCCGGGAUGUGCUUGUGAUGAUGGCUAUGUGCUGAAACAGCGGGUUUGUGUGCCUAUCCAACAAUGUGGAUGUGUGGACAGUGAUGGCCGCAAAUAUCGUUUCAAUGAAGAGUGGUACACCAAUCACUGCAUUCAGAAAUGUGAAUGUGAGAGACAUAAUGGCAUGGGAAAGAUUGAUUGCGAUGACGAGGAUGAGUGUGAUGGAAAUGCUGUCUGCCUUCAAAAUGAGGAAGGCCAUUAUGACUGCCAGUCGACAGGCUUUGAAGAGUGCACUAUCAAGGGAGACCCUGAGUACAGAACUUUUGAUAACAUGAAGCACGACUUUGAUGGUGAGCACUCAUAUGUGCUGGUCCAGACCAACAACUUGCCAAAUAAUUUUCCAGAGGUCUACAUACAGGGUAUCAAUACACAGACUGAAGAUGAUGAUGAUGAUGAUGAUGAUGAUGAUGAUACUCAUCAUGGUGACAGUAGCAGUGAAGAAGACAGUCGCAGUGUCAGAGAUGAUGACGAUGAUGAUGACAAGGACCAUGAGGAACACCACAGAUUACAAGAGCUUUUGAUCGUAGUAUACAAUCAUACUGUGCAGUUCAAGAGGAAUCGGAAGCUGGUCCUGGAUGGAAAGAGAACUAAAACUCCUGUUUCACCAACUGCCGGUCUAAGUAUCCGAGAGCAUUCCUCUCGCAUCUACCUGAAGACCGACUUUGGCCUCUCAGUGGAGUUUAAUGGAAACAGUAAAGCAGAAAUCAUUUUACCACGCCUAUACAGAAGAAAGGUGGGGGGUCUGUGUGGCAACUUUGACGGUAGAGGGAGGAAUGAUCGGAUGAAGCCAGAUGGCACCAUGGCCAAGACUGUUCAAGAAUUUGGAGAGAGCUGGAGAGUGUAAACAUCAGAUGGAUGAAAGGAUGAGAAAUGGCUCUGAAAAAACACCUGUGGUUAUUUUGACCACAAGGAGUGACAUAACUUUGUUUACAAGAAAACUCCACAAUAAUAAUAUCUGACACCUUUAAAUUUGGCAAAAUUGUGUCAUCAGGAUUGUGUUUGGCUUUUUUGUUGUUGUUUUUUCUUUACACAGCAUGCCCUUUCCCAAACCUGAGCUGUCAAAUAAUGACUUAGCAUAAACAGCUGGUGGCAAUGAGACGUUUAUUUUACCUUGAGCUUUUCAAGACAAUGAAUGUAGAUAAUCACAGCUUCUUUCUGUUAAACACAAAAUAUAUCAUAGUAAAAAAAAAAAAGACUUCCUUGUUGUAUUAUAUUAUUUUGGGACUUUGCAUUGUUUCAAGAUGUUUAGUGGAGCAGAGCAGGUGGACCCAAACACAGAUUCUUCAAGGAACUUGAAGAAUAAAUAGAAGAAUGAAGAAUAAUUUGAGACUUUGUAACAGGACACAAAACUAAAACACUGACUGAACUUACAAGGAGAUGUGGUGCAGGUGGGGAGAUGGGCGGAGAACUUAUGGUGGGAGGAAUGAGUUGAAGAAACUGGAUAACAGGUUAAGAGCUCAAUGGCUGUAGAAAACACUGGGGGCUGAGCAGGGCUAACAUGGCUGAUGCAGGGUAGGGGUGUAAAUCACAAGUUUCGUCAUGAUACAAUAUUAUAUAUACUGCUACAAUACGAUUUCAAUUCAAUUAGAUUCAGGGGCCUGUGAUUAAUAUGAGAAGAUAUACUUGGAUUUAACACAAUCACUUCAAUUCAUAUUAAAUCACAAAAAGCAACUAAAAUAUAAUUUGACAUUUUUAUUUCUGAGCUCAACCAGACAUUUAAAUGAAAAACAAUCUAUUCUUUUUAAAUAAAAAUAGACCUCCUGUUCACUAUAAGGAGCCACAGUUGUUUUGCUUCUCUUUCAAAACUGCAGUGGAAAUAACCAGACAACCUGUCUUACUUUGCCUAAAAGACAUGCAGCACUAGCACAUUUAAGGCCUUUCUAUGUGUUUUUAUCAUGUCUGAAGCAUUUGACGACAGACUUGUCUCUACUCCAGCUGCUGAAAUCCGAAACCAGAGUUUAGUUUUUGUGGAAAAAAGCUG